AUGCUGCGUCUUCUGCACUUCAUAGUUCAUGAUUUUCAUGGUGCAAAACACAAUAGUCUUCUACUUCUUCAAAUCUUUCUCGUACAAGACGAGAUGAUGAGUGAAUGUGAACUAUUCCGUGCUGCUCAUGCUGAUCUAGACCGGAUGAAGGGAACUCGUGAAUCGGACUUAGUCGUCUCUCAUGAGAAUGGUAUCCCGAAAGUUGUCACGAGCUUUCCAUAA